GGACGAUCGAAACUUGCACAUCACUAUGUUGAUGGUACCUGUGCUGUACGUAUGAAUAUGAUUGAUGAGGCACCACCAGUUGAGAACAACAUUGACUUAGGUGUGUCGGGUUCACCUUCUCGUCGGAGUGAACGUCCGGAAUCUCCUCAGGUUGCAAAUGCCCCACCAACUGAAAGCACCACUAGUACGGCUACGGUUAAUAUGAAGAAUGAUGACUUCACACCUGUAAGACGUGCUGGUGAAGCAAAAAAAGAACAAACGCGUGUGUGGGCGUGGGGAUCCACGGGAGAAGAAAAGUGGAAUCCGGAUAUGGAGAUUGGUAUGGAUUGGAAGUCGCUUGUAAGGUUAGUUCAUGGCAUUUGA